AUGCCAGUCUUGACGGCAGUUGCUCACAUCAUUGACAAUGAGUUGACCCCUAAGAAAGCUGUCUAUGAGUUGAUGAACCUUCCUCAGCUUAAUCUCAAGAUUAAGGCCUUAAUCCAACAAGGACACUAUUCAGAAGCCCUUGAAUCAUACACUAGAGAACCUCAAUCUCCUCUAAUUGCCACCAAAUUUACCUUCCCUUCUCUUCUCAAAGCCUGUGCGUCGCUUUCAAAUUCUUGCUACGGUAAAAUAAUUCAUGCUACAAUCAUACAAACGGGCUUACAAUUUGAUCCAUUCGUCGCCGCCUCGCUGAUCAACAUGUACGUAAAAUGUGGGUCGCUGGAGAACGCAGUCCAACUGUUUGAGAAUGUGUCUGAUGGUGAAGAAUUGGCGCGAGAUGUCACAUUUCGGAACUCUAUGAUUGAUGGGUAUUUUAAAUAUGGCCUUGUUGACGAGGGGAUUGCUCAAUUGCGCCGAAUGCAACCAUUGGGUGUUAAACCUGAUGGGUAUUCUCUUUGUAUUCUUCUCAGAGUGUGUGAUGCUAUUUUGGGUUCUUUGGAAGGAAAACAAAUUCAUGGUUACAUUGUUAGAAACUUGCGUGAUGGUGACCCUUUUGUGGUGACUGCACUAAUUGAUAUGUAUUCGAAUUGUGGCAGACCAAUGGAUGCUUUGCGAGUUUUUGAGAAUUCAACUGAUAGAAACAACAUUGUAGUAUGGAAUGCGAUUAUUGGAGGGCUAAGUGAGGAUGGGUUUUGGGAGCAUAGUUUAGAAUUGUACUCAUUUGCUAAGGAUGAAGACUGCAGACUUGUGUCCACAACGUUUUCUGGUGUGCUUACUGCUUGCUCUCUGGGAGAAGAUGUGAAAUUUGGAAGGCGGGUUCAUUGUGAUGUGAUCAAGAUGGGUUUUCAGAAUGACCCAUAUGUUUGUACUUCUCUCCUGACCAUGUAUGGCAAGUCCAGAUAUGUUGAAGAUGCAAAAAAAGUUUUUGAUUCAGUGCUAGAUAAAGAAAUUGCACUAUGGAAUGCUUUGAUCUCGGCUUAUAUAUGUAAUGGCUGUGCUUAUGAUGCUUUGGAUGUUUACACUCAGAUGAGUUUAAGAGAGAUUCCAUUUGAUUCUUUCACAAUAUCUAAUCUGUUAGUCACUUGUACUAUGAGUGGAUUAUAUGAUCUUGGUAGGACACUUCAUGGGGAACUGAUCAAAAGAUCAAUAGAUAGUAAUGUUGCUGUGCAGAGUGCUCUGUUGACAAUGUACUCGAAAUGUGGCCAUGUGGAGGAUGCCAAUGUACUUUUUGGUACGAUGAAGGGAAAGGAUUUGGUGGCAUGGGGCUCCAUGAUAUCAGGGUUUUGCCAAAAUAGGAAGUUCAAGGAAGCGUUGGAUCUAUUUAGGACAAUGCAGGUUGAUGGACUGAAACCAGAUUCUGACAUUAUGGCAAGUAUAAUAAAUUCUUGUGAAGGACUAGAGUGCAUAGAGAUGGGCUGGGUAGUUCAUGGACUUGUAAUAAAGAGUGGUUUUGGAUUAGAUUCUUUUGUGUCCAGUUCACUCAUAGAUAUGUAUUCCAAUUAUGGAUCGGUAGAGAUGGCCGCAAAUGUAUUUUUUCACUUGCUACAGAAGAAUUUGGUGGUUUGGAAUUCUAUGAUUUCCUGCUACUGCCAGAAUGGCCUCCCAGGGCUUUCAAUUUGUCUUCUUCCUCAAAUUGUACAGCACAGCCUACGUCCAGACAUUGUUUCCAUCACCAGUGUCCUUGUUGCAGUUUCAUCAAUGGCAGCAUUACUUAAAGGAAAGACUAUACAUGGAUACCAAAUUAGACUCGAGAUUUCUGCUGAUAUUCAAGUGGAAAAUGCUUUUAUCGAUAUGUAUAUCAAGUGUGGAUGCUUAAAAUAUGCACAUUAUAUCUUCCAAAACAUGCCUAGAAGAAACCUAGUGUCAUGGAAUUCAAUGAUUGCUGGUUUUGGAUCUCAUGGUGAGUGUCUAAAAGCAAUAAAUUUAUUCGACGAGAUGAGAGGAUCAGAUAUCAAACCUGACGAUGUAACAUUCCUUUCCCUGAUUUCAUCUUGCAACCACUCUGGUUUAAUCGAAGAAGGUCUCUAUCUGUUUCAGCUGAUGAAAGUGUACAGAAUUGAGCCUGGAAUGGAGCAUUAUGUAAAUGUAGUGGAUCUCCUGGGCCGCGCUGGAUGCUUGAGUGAUGCUUACAGUGUCAUACAGAGCAUGCCCAUUGAACCUGACAGAACUGUGUGGUUAUCUUUGUUGUCUGCAUGUCGAGUGCAUCACAAUAUAGAACUUGGAGAACUUGCUGCCCAUGACCUACUAAAGAUGGACCCGGCCAGAGGCAGCAAUUAUGCUCAAGUGUUGAAUUUGUAUGAAGAAGCAGGAUUAAGGGACAGGGCAGCAAACUUGAGAGCAUCAAUGAGGCAGAAAGGGUUGAAGAAGAACCCCGGAUGUAGUUGGAUUGAGGUGGGAAAUAAGGUUGAUAUUUUCUUCUCAAGAGAUUCGUCCCCCCAAGGACAGUCGAGAUCUAUGAUACACUCAGCAGUCUUCGGAGCAACAUGCAAAGGAGAGGAGGUUAUCAUGAAGAUAUUGAGGCAUUCUGAGACCCAUAAGAAUGAGGAAUUUGUUUCUUCAAUUCAAGCUAAAAGACUAGUUUCCUUGGCUUCACUCAUGAUUUUUAUUAGGAUCAUAAGGUUGUAUACAUCUGACAUCCAUACACUCCUCAAAUGGUAA